GGGAGCAUUUUUAUCCUCCUCUCUCUCUUUCUCGCUUUUUCUCUGUGUCUGUGGAAAAGUGCUGAUAUCGAUUUGGUCGGUCGGUCGGACUCGUUCCUGAGCCACAAAGGGCAGAAUAUAUUUUCCUCAUUACAACGCAACGCUUGCUUCGAUUUUCCCCGAUGGAAUAACGCAAAAACCACGAGCUCACGUGCCGCGCCGUUUGGCUAGUUUCAAUUCAAAGCCAUUCUUCAAUUAGUGACGCAAAUCGGUAGUGAACCACACAACUAUCCCACUAAACGAGAGCUGCAGCAAAAAAAUGGAUCAAUUUACUGUUUGUGUGUGGAGCGGAGUGGAUAAAAGGUCAUCUUAUGUUGUGCAGUGAAACGGAAGCGAAAAUCUUACAUGGAAGUGUAUGUGUGUUUUUUAGCUCUUAUUAUUUGUACAGAAAACCAACGUUAAAUACUAGCCAGUAGUGCACCCUAGUGUCGCACAUGUCGUGUGUGGAGCAACAGCAGCACUUUUCACAGCAUUCUACGAUAAUCCCGAAAAGCAACAGAGAAAAUUAAUAUGUGCGGAGAGAGAAUUGCAAAAAAAAAAAAUAACAACCUUAACCUAGCGUAAAAAGCCAUGCAGCACACCACUAAUGUAUAUCAAUAAGAUUCACCCGAUACCGAUACGGCGAGAUCUAUAUUUCACACUUAUUUAUUCCCCAUUAAAACGUUAACGUUAUACCCACUCACCCCCUGCUGUUUGCUACUGCAGCACAGCCACAACAUCGCCUACUAAGAUUCCCAACCCCCCUGUCAGCCAGCUGUGAGCAAUGCACACCAAUAACGCGCGGUGGUCGUCGGUCGGUGGUUGCUUCGAUUGAUUUGAACUUGAACGAGUAUAUCACCCCCUCUUCCUACCCUUCCGCCCCUUUCACACCAACCCACCCAUAGGGAUCGUCAUCGAGCUUGUCGUUGUCGAUUGCUACUACGAUUGAUUGCGGAUCGCGAGCAGGCGAAUGGGAAACUUACCAUCAGCAGCAGGGGUGGCAUCUCCUCAGUGGAUCAAUAGUGUGAUGAUGGCAGGGAUUUGCACGGAUUUUAUGAUUCCCCCCGCUCAGUAGGGGUCGAGGGCGCCUCAUCGGAACUGCUAUCUGUUGAAUUGGUGUAAAAUGAGAACACGCUUCUCUGGAUUAAAUUCGAGGGAAUUUGAUACUCACAAGAGAGAGUGGCAGUGCGUGGCCGAAUGGUUACGCUGUCCGCUUUGUAAGCGGAUGGUUCUGGGUUCGAUUCCUUCCAUCGGAUGAGAAAGUAAAAUGUCGGUCCCGGCCUUGAUUGUUAGGCCGUUAAGUCAUUCUAGGUGUAGGAGUCGUCUCCAUGCCAUAAGUACAAACAACACACCAAACCAAGCCUACUCCGGAAGAAUCUCUGGCGGCGGUUGGACUCGCAAUCUAAAGGUCGUCAGUUCAAACACUGGGGUGGAAAGUUCCUUGGAGUAGACAGAGGUUUGGGUGCUCUCCCCAUUCAAGCCUUCGGACUCCUAGGUUCGAGCAGAAACUUGCAAUAGAGACCACAAAAGACCCGGGGGUCGUUAAUGUGGAUGGUUUGAUUUUUUGAAGAGAGAGCGAAGAGCUUUGAUUUAGGCUCUGUCGCUUUUAUAUUGAAAUGAUGUAUAAUUAAAAAAAAAGAAAUUCCAAUUUAAAAUAAAAGUUUGUGUGCAUUAUACACCAGUACAGUUGUUUUCUAUACAAUCCUCAUCUUUAAAAAAAUCUAAGGAUUUAUGAAAACUGUUAUUCGUUUUCAUUUGAUCGCCCGUCAAUAAAAAUGUUGAUGUUCUAUAAAAAAAACUCUCUGCUCCUUGAGAGAGGGGUUAACAUUAAAUUUGAAAAAUAUUUGUAUCACACUUGCCUACCUGAAGUAAAAAAAUAUGUAUUGUGCAUUAUGCUCGUUUUCAUGAGACAUACAAAUUUGUGUACCGUUAACAGUCUGAAUAGAAAGACUAGUGAUAAGAGCAUAUCAAAUUAAAAUUCGGAAAACGAUGCAUUAUUUUUGUCAUUGUGUGUUUAUUCCAUCCAAACCUUAUGAAAAAUAUCCUAAUAUUGUACAGUAACAAGACAAAAACAGCUGUCCCAAUUGGCCCCUGUGCCCCGUUUUACCCGAGUUGACGGUAUAUUUCCUAUGCUCGAACUAUACUUUAAUUUUUUUAAAGGUUUUAAAUGGAUGAACAUAAUCUUUUUUAUGCAUGUUUCUAUUGUAAAAUUGUCUCAGGAACACGAAUAUGAUUAAACCAUCAACAAAAAUGGGAUCUAAGGGGUCUCCCGAGCAAACAUUUACAACCAAAAAAUUCACUAAAAGUAAAAGUGUCUAUUUAAUGUGUUAAACUGCCUUACCCAAAGCGUUAUCAGUCUCAGAUGGUAGUUCCAGAUGUCCCCUACAAGCUCCAGGUCGAAUCGAGUUUAUAUCUGGAUGGAACACUUUUUUAUUUGAGUUUGAAAAUUGUGCUUUUUUCACUAAAAUGCCAAUAACUCGCUUGAGAUUUAACCAAUUGGGAUGCUUCACCCUGCAUUUUGUUGGUUUUUUUAAUCCCUGAUGCAGAUGCAUUUCGAAUUUUUGAAUUUAAUUGAAGUUUACCAAAGUUACAGCCUUUUGAAGAGUUUUGACUUUGUUGAACCAUUAAAAUGUGUGUCUUGCCCCACUUCCCGUUGACUUAGAGUGCUCAUAUUUUGGCCAGAUGCUGGUUUUAUAUGUACAAAUAAUCCCUGAAAAUUUCAGGCAGAUUGGUGAGGUCGAUGCGAGAUGGGUAUGCUUUGUUCGUGGACUCGCUCAAGAAUAUACGAAUUAAUAAAUUCAAAUCAUCGAUUAUUCGAAGUUUAUAUGAAGACUGAGACUACGGAUAAUCGAGUUUGGACUGUAUUUUGAUUAUACUUAAAGCUUUUUUUUUAUUGGGAAACAUAAAACAUACAAGAUCUUUUUUUUACGCUCAGUACUGAACCAUGCGAGCCCAGUUAUCAUAUUAAUCAAAUAAAAAUGUUAAUCGCACUGUCUUCAUGUCCGCCCUUGUAGAGUAGUCGCUGUUAUAACUGAUUCCACAUGCAAUAAGCUGGUUUAACCACGGGUCUGGUCAAAAAUAGCCGAGCCUACACUAUACUCUGCUUGGCGUUAUGACGUGUGUUCACAUCACAUAGUGACAUUAUGUCGAAGCAGACAUGACUGGUUGAUGCAUUAUUAAAAUAUUUAUUUUUUAUAUGGCACUGUCAUAUUUUGCAUUUUUGGUUAAAUAAUGCUCAAGAAAUAAGUCAGUGGCUUAUUGAUAUCAUCAUUAUUUUGCUAUGAAAACCAUGAAAAUCUAAAAUAUUCAAAAUUGAAAACUUCUUAACAUUACUGUUGCAAAUUUGCUUCGAAUACUUUUAUCGAACGUUGAAUUUUAAACAGCACACUCCAUUAGCACCUUAUUUUCGUCAAGACGUAGUUGCCAUCAGCAGUGAUGAAUGGGUACAUUAAAUUUUAAUAACCAGAUAAAUAUCAGUCUCAGGCAGAGCUGCGAAAUGGGAAAGUCAACCCUCUGCAAAGUUCAGCAAAACGUUUAGCGAUUGUAUGUUAAACGUCUAAUUUUGAGUUGAAUUUGGCUCCAUUCGGCACAGGGUUCAUACAUUUCAAUAAACAGUGGACAAGAACAUACAUUAACUGCUUUUGCAUUAAAUUUCCCUCAGACCAGUGCCAAGUGAAAAGAUUGGUGAUGUUCUCUCAAGCUCAUAAAUAGUUUCCUGUUUGCUACUUUAUUGCAAGAGUCGGUGCGGACUUGAGUGCCGAGAUUCGUUCCAAAAAUGGUUCCCGAAAAUUUCGAUCAUAUUUUUCGUAUUUUUAGACCCGUUCAAGGUCAUUUCGCUUCACCUGAGGCGUAUAAUAUACGAGUGGGCGUCGAUUGGCGGUGUGUCCCAUAAAAUAUAUAGCAACUAUACUAGCAAAGACGUCCAAGUCGAAGUCGAAACACGCUCCUCCUACGCCAUUUUUCCGUGCAGUGAACCGUCAGCGGAAUCAGAGCGGGAAAUCGAAGAGAAAAGCCAAAAGAGAAAAGCAAAACAAGAAAGUGAUGAUUUAAUAUAUAUAUUUGCCAGAUUAAAUUUAAAUUGCCUCAUGCUCCAAAGUGCUGCCGAGAAAGAUUAGAGAUGGCGAAGGUGCGAAUGGGUUUCCACUUUUCCGGGGUCAGGGCACGGGGCUGUUAUUCAUAGCCUCUGUGUGGGGUUAAUCUUUUGAGGUGUGAUACUGCUAAUAAUACAGCCCAGGCCCACGCAGCACUCUUUCUCCAGCGUGUCCUUUUGAUAGUCUUCGUAAUCUUCAUUACUGAGGAAGAUUCUUUUUGAGGAUGCGAAAAAUCUUUUCUUCUUUUUUCGUUAGGUUGUAGUUCGCACAAACAUUAUUUUAUCAAAUAUUUUUAGGGAAAAUUCUCGUAUGUUUGGCAGGUUAAGCAUUUGCUCCCAACUCCAUCAAAUUUGCUGAUUUUCACUAUUUAAACAACUAAUUUUGCAAAACUUUUGAUAGAAACUUGCUUGCUCUCCUUUUUUAAGCUAUUUAUCACUCGAUUUCAGUUGAAAACGCUUUUAAUUUGCUUUCUUUGAAUGUCAAAGUUGUGACCUGCCAACAUUAGAGGCACGUUGGAAUUAGAUGCUGUUCCCCUACUUAUCGAUACUUCAAACAAAAAGAAACGCCGUAUUGAACCCUAAAUCGAAUUGAAUGAGGCUGAGAAAACUGGUUACACAAAAUGAGUCAAUUUUGCAGGCAUUACAGGGUAUGAUGACUCUCUAUGAGUUUUCAAUUCAAAUUUAAUUUAACCCGUAAAAUCGGUGAUUUUUUGAUUUCCCGAAACAACCGAAGAGUGUGAUAGAAAUCGUCCACUCUGAAGAAUGUUCCAACAUCUAUUACAUGGAGGGCCUCAUGGCUUUCAUGGCGAUGUUUAGCGGUUUCACCGAUCCUUUACACAGAAAAAAAUAAUAUAAAUUUGGAAGUUUUAAUUUUGGAAGGUUGAAUAUUACCUCUUUUAUGAUGUAAUAUUACCUCAAUUUAGACUGAAAAAGUGACAUUACACCAGAAAAGUGGUAAAAUUACACAUUUCCAGAGGUAAAAUUACACCUUUUUUCUUACAUAAAAGAUGUACCCCUUCCCAGAUGUAAUAUUACCAUGAUUUUUUUUUUCUGUGUAGUUGCUAUGUUUUGCGGGUUCGAUUGAACCAAAAAUCCUGCUUGUUGUUUUUAGAACUAAGAAUAAAAAAUAAUGCUCCGUUAACCUUAACUUUACCCAGUAUAUUGAAUAUUUUGUGAGGGUUUUUCCUUCAAGCACGAAUGAAGUGUGAUCUUGAAGACACGUUUUCCCAUCCAUCGAUUCUCCAACCAGCGUGAUGUGUAACCCGUGAUUGCGGGUUACGCCGUGAGAGCAUAAGCAAAAGGUGAAAAGAUUCUUCACUACGAUAUGAGUACCACCUCAGCGGUUCGGAUGGGAGCUCUCUCCAUCAAUCUUAUUUGACUAUUUCGCCCGCAAGCAAACUCGUAUCUCGUGUCACUUGUCUGCUGGGGUGUUUUGUGGUGUGAAGAGUGUAUUGUGGCACCACACACUCGGUGAGAUAAUUACCGAUAAGGUACCACCCUCAACUUAAUGUUGGGGAGGGAGGUGGAGGGACGCAACGGUGACUUCCUCCAGUUCCGCUCUGGUUCCUCAUCAUCGCCAUCGUGGUCGUUGUCGUCGUCGCCAUCGACGUAGUUGACGCCACCGCCACUCUUUUGGUCGAGUGUCUCGAAAUGAUGAAGAUGACGGGGCUUCGACGUGAUAAUAACUCGUCGAAACUGUGGACAAGACCUGCUUGACGCCAGCCAGCAGCAAACCUCCCGAAACACAGCCAUGAGACAUCACUGGCCGGCAGAAGUGUUUAGCUGGCAGUCAGUCAGUAAGUAAAAGUGAUAUAUUGACCGUCCUUGUCCUCCCGCUAAGCUGUUCCCCGUUGCGUCUCUUACGUACCUUGCCCAUAGUAUUCUUCUGGCUUUGCCUGGUCUGGACUGGUUGCUGGCGCUGGUGGUGACGAUAAGGGCUCGCUAAUCAAACGACGAUAUGACGUAAUGGGAAAAACGUAUAUUCACUAAUGUGUGUACAACGGAGUAUCAGGUAGUGGAGCAUGUGGUUGGCUCAGCAGGGGUUCUUAUACUCCACCUCGUAUGAGAAAGCAAAGUUUUUACAAACAAUUAACAAAAUUUAAAUUAAAUAAUCAAGCCUUAUUUUCACAAUGUAGUCUUAAUAGAUUAUAACCGAAAAUUUAGAAAAUUAUUUGUUUUAUCUCCUGAUAUUUUUGGGCAAAUUUUGAAAAGAAGAGGGAAACAAAACAAAUAAACUGGCCGAUCAUGGCCAAAUUUAGAUAUUUAUGUUUGUUGUGCUUUGCUUUGCACUCUUACAAUACCAUAAAAUAAAAUUUCUGUGGAUUUUGUAUUUUUCCAACUAUCAGAGAACACUUCUACAGUUUUUUUUAAAGGUCCUUGAAUCUAUUGUGUUUCAUAUGUUUAUAAUUUAUUAAAUAAUUAAUUUAUUUUUGUUAGGCAACACUCAUCCUCCACAUUCGGAAUAGUUUACAGAUCGGCCAAUGUUCAAAAAAUCAUCAAAAGCGACAAUUGAGCACAAAGCUUUGUUAUGCUUUUAUGAAUUGCAUGAUAUUUUUUUGUGAAAUUAUCAUUUAAAUUCAGGUGUUCCACAAUUUCGUGUGUGUGUGUGCAACCAACCAAACGGGACUACGCGGUCGCUUCUUACAAAUCGAGUUGUUUUCAUGUUUUUUAGAUUUUGCAUUCUAAACAUGCAAAUAACUCGCAUAAGCAUUUGGAAACUGUUAGCUUUGCCGAGCUUCGGUAACCCAUUUCUACGCAGGCUAGCCGUGUGCGAGGUACCUCAGCUUGAAUCGACAAGCCCCGCCCUAAAGAACGUUUGCAUCAUUCAAAUCCAAACGUUAUUUAGAACUUCCGAGUCCUUGUCAAAUGGACAAAGACCCAGCACAUAUAUAGUUUUUACUAAUAGUAUUCCUAAUUCUACCAAUCCAAAGGAUGGGGGAUUGAACCCCGGUUCAAUCGACUUUGAUUUUUCGUUCAUGUUUAGAGUUUCAAAAAUUCAUAUUUCCUGAACUUUCUCGUUUAGAGCAGAUGGGAAUCGAACACAGGAUCAUUCGCUUACAAAGCGAACACCGUAACUAGUCAGCCACGGCUACAGGUGCAAAAACACCCCAACAAAACAGGCAAGAACAGGCAAUUUUUGGACAGUUUUUUGCUACUCUUGAUGAAAAAAUCUUGCACAUCACCACAAAAGCGUUUCAAAUUUGUGAGUGUUCCGAAUAUGAGGCAUGACUGUAUUACAAUUAUAUUUUAAAGUAUAUUUCGCUCGGUCCUGGUCACUAGUUUGUCGCUUGUGUGCUAUCUUGUGACAACAACCAUUUUGAUCGAAAAUGAUUUAAUGAUAUUGUUCGACGAGAUUUGUGUUAACACCUUUUGUGUAACAAGCCUUGAUUCCUGUUUGUGUGUUCACCUAUAUGUUUCUAUUGUCUUGGAUUAAACGUCAAGUUGUUGUCUAGAAAACGGAGCGGAAAGACGUUUGUUUUUUGUCUCUUCCGCCGAAUUUGAAUCGAAGAAAAUACAGUCCGCUAAAUUUUGAACUAUCGAGGAACAUUUUGGUCCUUCAUGGCCGGAUUGCUGGAGCAGUGAUCCGUGGUAUGAAGUGACGGGUUGCCGGAGUGGGAACUCGAUCCAACAACAGCCGCGGUCGAAGUGUCCGCGUGUGUGUGAAGCGCGGGGCGUAGCACCUACGCUGCGAAGAAAAAAAAGUGAUUGAACUUUGGAAGUCUGUGACCGGACGGCUGGAGAGUGUUUCGGGAAACGGCCUUUCAGAGAAAAGCACCGGGCGGAGUGUCCGGGUGUGAAAAAGUGUGGCCGGAAGAGUGGUCUGAAGGUGACAUUUGGACGGAUUACAGUGUUGAAACCGAACCGGGACACCGGACGAGACAGUUUGUGCGCGUGAUUGAACGGCGCGGGGCGUAGCACCUGCUGGUGGAAGUGGAGCAUGGUAGUAUGACCCUGCCGCGUACGCCGAAGAGUAACAAGAAGAAGAAGAAGAACUCCACGCCGAAGAAAGAAGUGUCUGAGGAAGAAUCCGGAAACGGUGACGCGAAGAAGGAGGAAGUGACGCCAAUCUGCAAGCAGUUGCUGGUGCAGCGGAAGAAGGAAGACGCCCGCAAGAUGGAGGAGCAGUUGAACGCGCUUGUGCGACAACGUGAUGCUGCGGAAAGAAGGUUGAAGCGGGUGCAGACGGAAAUCAAGACGAGUGCAGCGGCACCGAACGAGAAUCUGCGGAACGUGCACUUCCUGAGGCAUCAGCUGAGCAACGUGGAGAGCGCUUUUGCCAAGUUCGGUGAGUACCAGGAGAAGAUUUACGCGAUGACACUCACGCAGGAUGAACAAGUGAAACACGAGCAGUGCGAAGUAGAGCUUGAGAUGUUGCGCCGCGGUCUGACGCUACAGCUAAAAGAGCUGGUUGAGGAGCUAGAGAAGCCUGGACUGAGCGCUGCGCUCGUUCCAGCUGCCACCCCGCAAUACCUUCCACCGCUGAACGUGCCUCUGCCGAAGUUCGACGGGACGUACGAGACGUGGCUCUCGUUCAAGUCGAUGUUUCAGCACGUCAUGGCACGGUAUACGGCUGAAGCUCCGGCGAUCAAGCUUUACCACCUGCGAGACUCGCUGGUCGGAAAGGCUGCCGGUGUGAUCGACCAGGACAUAGUCAAUAACAAUGACUAUGAGGCGGCGUGGGCCGUUCUCGAAGAUCUGUACGGAGACAAGCGUGCGAUUAUCGAUCGGCACAUCGACGUUGUCUUCGCUUUGCCCAAGAUCUCCCGCGACAACGCAGCCGAGCUCCGCAAGCUCAUCGACACAUGUGUGAAACACGUUGAGGGAUUGAAGUCGCUGCAGCUUCCGGUCAACGGACUGGGGGAGCAGAUGCUCUUGAACCUGCUGGCGUCCAGGAUGGAUCUGGACACGCGAAAAGCCUGGGAGGCGGAACAGAAGGUCGGAGUGCUUCCGACGUACCCAGCAACCAUCGCGUUCCUGAAGGAGAGAUGCCGAGUCCUCGAAAGGUUGGAACCGCACAGUGAGAAAAGCGUCAAGCCACAACGAUCGGUCGCGUUGGUGGUCGCGAGAGGAGCGAAGUGCUACGUUUGCAACCAGCAGCACGAGACCAAGAAUUGCGAGCAGAUCCAGCAGAGAAGCGUCAAUGAGAGGUACAGCCAGCUACGAAGGUAUGGGCUGUGCUUUAAUUGCAUGAAGAAGGGGCACCGCGCUGGUGAGUGCACCUCGACGAACUCGUGCCAGAGAUGCAGCAAGCGGCAUCACACUAUGCUGCACAAGGACGGAGCGUGGAUGUCGGAGACAUCUCCGGCGACGACGGCGAUCGAUGCGCCGAACCCGAACAACGAACUGCGCUGGCAGUCUGGAAGGAGUGAAACAAGCAGCGUUGCAGCCAAGAAAUCGACUCUGCUGUCGACGGCCGUAGUACAGGUCUACGGUGGAGACGGUGUACCGCACCUGUGCCGGACUCUGAUCGAUUCCUGCUCGGAGAACCACUUUAUGACGGAGAGAUUUGCCAACUUGUUGGCGGUCAAGAAAGAGCGAGCCAACUGCGAGGUCAGUGGCUUGAACGGAGGAUGUACGAGGAUCAGUCACUCGGUGCGAGCAACGAUGAAGUCCAGGGUCACAUCGUUCUCGCGGAAGCUGGAGCUGCUGAUCACGCCCAAAAUAGUCGAAGAUGCGCCUCUGAGAACGAUCGACGUUGCGAACUGGAACCUGCCGUCCAACAUCAAACUUGCAGAUCCAACCUUCAACAAGACCGGACCGGUAGACAUGCUGCUGGGAGCGAGUGUGUUUUGGGACCUGUUGAAGGCUGGUAGAAUUGCUCUGGCAGAUGGCCUUCCCUCACUCAGAGAGACUGAGUUGGGUUGGGUAGUCGGCGGUGCGCUGCCGAUUGGAACACCAGCAACGACGCGCUCGUUCUGCGGUGUAGUAGUUGGAGCAGAUUAGUGAUAUGGGAGAAGGAUUGUUGAAAGUGUUUCAACAAUGGGGGAGGAUGUUCAACGAUAUUUGUGUUAACACCUUUUGUGUAACAAGCCUUGAUUCCUGUUUGUGUGUUCACCUAUAUGUUUCUAUUGUCUUGGAUUAAACGUCAAGUUGUUGUCUAGAAAACGGAGCGGAAAGACGUGCGUUUUUUUUGUCUCUUCCGCCGAAUUUAAAUCGAGGAAAAUACAGUCCGCUAAUUUUCGAGCUUUGGAGGAACAGAUAUCGUUUUGUUAUACUCAAAAAACCCUACAAGAUUUCAACCGAGUUUGGAAAUUCGCAUCCUUUUCCCGGAUAUCGCAAUUCACACUUCAUAGACCAAUUUCUCAUCAAAAUGGUCAAACAAUCCUUUGCGACGCGACUAAAAUUGUUGGAAAAUUAGGUUUGUUUGAAAGCAUACAACAAUAUUGCCUUCAUCAUGCAUGGUCUUGAAAAAAAUAACAAUCAAAGCUUAAAAAUCAAUUUUCUUGAAAAGUACUACAUGGUUAAUCCUGAGAUAUUCAACAAAAACCAUCACUCUUAAUAUGAAAUAUAGCUCCGAUGAAAUCGGACAACAGCAUGAAAUGGAAAGAAGGCUAGACUGAAAAUAAAAAGCUUUAUUUUUAAACUCCGCAUAAGAACCACUGCAAUUAGACGUGUUGGUCGUGUGUGCGCGCGCGAAUUGGAACUUGUGUGCGGAUGCGAUGCGCUCCCCCUUUGUGGGAUACCGGCCAGAAUCGGGUGAAGUGGGGGAAAAGGGGACAGGAUGGGCGGAGGCAUGCAACCUCGGCGACGAUGACGCUGGUAGCAAACGACAACGACGACGACAACAACAACACCAUCGGUGAAGUAUUUGUACAAUCUCGCUAAAGCGCUCGGCGGCUUGCAGUGGUAAUCAGUACACGACACAUUUGUGUGACUUGGGUUCGCGCUUUAGGGGAAACGAUAUCACCCACCCAAUCGACCUGGCCGGCCACCACCGUCCCGAAACAACCCACAGUUUGCUUUUUUGCCUUUGAACGUGUGGAACACAAUCGAUACGGCACGCGUAAGUGUACAUAGCGAUUCGUCGACGGAACAUAAUUGAAUCGUGCGCGCGAGCGCUCGCAGAGAAUCGAUUUGCGCAACCCAAAACUAAAUCACUGCCAGUAAUGAGGGGUGAAGAGGGGUGUAAUUAAGGUUUUUUUUUUAAAUAUUUGCGACGAGUACAACAAUACCUUGCGAUGGGAGAAUAGUAGUGAGUGCAUUGUGUUUUCAAGUUUAUUCAAAAUCAUGCAAUUUGAUUGAAGAAAUAACGCGUGAAAAAAAGUGUCGAAAACACCAAGUUAUCCCACCAAUGGGAAGUGCCCGCAGAUAUGAAUUAGGUCUCUCGAUACGCGUUAUCAAAAAUGGUGACCAGUCAAGCUUGUUGGAAACACAUAUCAAAUCGAUAAUAACAAACACCAUCAACAACUACUCUAGUAACAAUAGGAAAGCGCGAGUGAUUAACCUGUCAGACUCAUGAAAUAUAUACGUUAAGUGUUUGCAAUCCGAUUGGCCGUUUUCCAAAUGAUCAAGAUUAGGAAAAAUUAAGAGCUCACAGUGUUGUUUUUAUUGGUCUGGAAUUGAACAAAAUGUUCGCAUGUGUGUUGUUCUGAAAGUCGUAGAAAUCAGAAAAAAAUAAUAUCAUCCAGCAUCCAGUAGAGAAGAGAAGCUUAAAACACGGCGUACCAAACGCUGAUGGUCAAGCAUUACAUUUCGUUGAAUUGCGCUUCGAUGAGCGGCGUGAGAAGAAAAUCCCGCCAAUAAAGUCACAGUCGGUGGCACGCUGUUUCGGUGUUGUUUGCCUUGUCGCGGGGGCUCCUCAGCCCCCGCUGCAAACCACCAAAAAAGCAACACGUCGACAAUUGAUGACCACAUUGUCGAUUACGCCACCGAAGACGAAGCUUUGACCGCCAGCACGACGGAGCUAUAUCAGCACAAUAUUGAUCAGCAAGCAGCAAACAAUAGUAUCACCGCCAGUAACAACAACAGUAGCAGCAACAACAAUCAACAGCAGCAAGAGUCACUCUCGGAUGCUGCUGCACAAGCUUUGAACCAACUCCAGCAGCUUCAUCACUCCCAAUCCGGGCAGCUCAAGUUACCUCACAUUGAAGAAGAGGAAGAUGAUGAGUUUGAUAUUGAUGUCGUACGCUCGUUAACACCUUCGCCGAAAAUCAAUAUCAAUCGCAUCAAGAUCAAAUCCAAAGUGAAAUCAAUCAUCGCAAGCACCACCAACACAAACGCCAACAACAACAACAACAACAACACGGCUAGUGACUUAGAAUC